AUGACAUAUUAUGAAGACCGUGGCCGAGUGCGGUUCAAUUUCACAGCUGACCUAGCAGUGGACGGUGAUAUCCGGCAAAUCUUUAGCACAAAGGCCUGCUCCAGUACCUUCCAAACUCCCACGUGGACUUUGAUUAUGCCACAGCCACGCUGCGUGCACAGAUACAUCAUCUACAACAGAUCUGAUAGUAAGAUGGAUCGGCUGCUUCGAUUUUCCAUGCAGAGCUUUGACUCGCAGAACCGUUCGCUGUUCUUCUACCAAGACAGCAGUCUGGUCGCCAAACAAAUAUACACGAUCGAUCACAAGCCCUUUCCGGUGUCGACAGUGAUUAUCCGAAGCAACCACACGGACAAGACAUUGACUUUGUGUGAGGUGGAAGUUUACGGAGACUCCAUCUGUGACUACCAGCACUAUGGACGUGAAUGUGAGCUUAAGUGUAAUUGUUUCGGCAAUGAACCCUGUUUUGUGAGCACUGGAAUGUGUCCUACUGGAUGUCCCGCUGGCUACAUGGGACAUGCCUGUGACACCG